GGCCCGCGCCCCCUCCCCGCGCGCCGGGGCUGCAGGCCGGGCUCCGGCUGGGGGGCGGGGCGGGAGGCCGGGUGGCCGCGAGAGUGUUUUCAGUUCCGCCUCCAAUCGCCCAUUCCCCUUUCCCCUCCCAGACCCUCAUCCCAUUCGGAAGAGGAAGGAACAAAAGGUCCCGGACCCCCGGCUCUGACGGGGCGGGACCCGGAGCUCGGUCCAGGUUAGAUUAAGGAGGAUAUUUUCUUAGUGUGGACCGCUGCCUUUGGUAAGAACAUGUCGUCCAUCUUGCCAUUCACUCCGCCAGUUGUGAAGAGACUGCUGGGAUGGAAGAAGUCAGCUGGUGGAUCUGGAGGAGCAGGUGGAGGAGAGCAGAAUGGACAGGAAGAGAAGUGGUGUGAGAAAGCAGUUAAAAGUUUGGUGAAGAAGCUAAAGAAAACAGGACGAUUAGAUGAGCUUGAGAAAGCCAUCACCACUCAAAAUUGUAAUACUAAAUGUGUUACCAUACCAAGCACUUGCUCUGAAAUUUGGGGACUGAGUACACCAAAUACGAUAGAUCAGUGGGAUACAACAGGCCUUUACAGCUUCUCUGAACAAACCAGGUCCCUUGAUGGUCGUCUUCAGGUAUCUCAUCGAAAAGGACUGCCACACGUAAUCUAUUGUCGAUUAUGGCGCUGGCCUGAUCUUCACAGUCAUCAUGAACUCAAAGCAAUUGAAAACUGCGAAUAUGCUUUUAAUCUUAAAAAGGAUGAAGUAUGUGUAAACCCUUACCACUACCAGAGAGUUGAGACACCAGUUUUGCCUCCAGUAUUAGUGCCACGGCAUACUGAGAUCUUAACAGAACUACCACCUCUGGAUGAUUAUACCCACUCCAUUCCAGAAAACACUAAUUUCCCAGCGGGAAUUGAGCCACAGAGUAAUUAUAUCCCAGAAACGCCACCUCCUGGAUAUAUCAGUGAAGAUGGAGAAACAAGUGAUCAACAGUUAAACCAAAGUAUGGACACAGGAUCGCCAGCAGAACUAUCGCCUACUACUCUUUCCCCUGUUAAUCAUAGUUUGGAUUUGCAGCCAGUUACUUACUCAGAACCUGCAUUUUGGUGUUCAAUAGCAUAUUAUGAAUUAAACCAGAGGGUUGGGGAGACCUUCCAUGCAUCACAGCCCUCGCUCACCGUAGACGGCUUCACAGAUCCGUCCAAUUCAGAGAGGUUCUGCCUAGGUUUACUCUCCAACGUCAACAGAAAUGCUACAGUAGAAAUGACAAGAAGACAUAUAGGAAGAGGAGUGCGCUUAUAUUACAUAGGCGGUGAAGUUUUUGCUGAGUGCCUAAGUGACAGUGCAAUCUUUGUGCAGAGCCCCAACUGUAACCAGAGGUACGGCUGGCACCCUGCAACAGUGUGUAAAAUCCCACCAGGCUGUAAUCUGAAGAUCUUCAAUAACCAGGAAUUUGCUGCUCUUCUGGCUCAGUCCGUUAAUCAGGGUUUUGAAGCCGUGUAUCAGCUAACUAGAAUGUGCACCAUAAGAAUGAGUUUUGUGAAAGGCUGGGGAGCAGAAUACCGAAGGCAGACAGUAACAAGCACUCCUUGCUGGAUUGAACUUCAUCUGAAUGGACCUCUACAGUGGUUGGACAAAGUAUUAACUCAGAUGGGAUCCCCUUCAGUGCGUUGCUCAAGCAUGUCAUAAAAGCCUCGUCACCAAUCAAGUCCCAUCAAAAGACUUAAUGUACCAACUCUUCUGUCAUAGUAUUUGUGUGUGGUCCCCGUGGACUGUUUAUGUUUACUGUCCAAAACUUCAAGAGAGAAAACAGCACUUGAGGUCUCAUCAAUUAAAGCACCUUGUGGAAUCGGUUUCCUAUGUUCAGAUAUUAGGUGGGAAAAUUAGUGUCUAGAAAUACCCUCCCAUAAAGGAGGAAGAGAAGAUUUUAAAGACUUACUGAUGUCUUGUUGGGCAUAAAACUGGGUGUCCCGAAGGUUUAUUAAUAACAGUAGUAGUUAUGUGUACAGGUAAUGUAUCAAGAUCCAGUAUCACAGUAUUGUGCUGUUUAUACAUUUUUAGUUUGCAUAAAUUAGGUGUGUGUGCUGCUUCUUGAUUUAGGUAAGCCUUUAUAAAGUUACAGUACCUAAUCUGUUAUUCCCA